ACAAACCCCUAAACCUUCCUCCUCCUAUCAGUAUUACAGUAUAGCUAUCAAACGCAGCAACUAUACACACAAUACAAAAUCCUAUCUUUGGGAACGAUUAUUUUACUUAUGAAUUUCGUUCGAUAAAGUUAAAGAUGUAUUCUUUCUUCGAUGUUGGGAGAAGGGGUGUUUUGAUUUUGAGGAAUAUAGUAUAUGUAUUCCUGAUUUCGAACAACACUUCCAUUAAACUCUGAAGAGGGUCAUGCUUGCAUUUCCUUAUGGCGUAGAAAAGCUGAUGACUUUCUCAUUCUUCACCGCUAUUCGAGCUUCCCAUUACCGUACUCUUACUCAGGCAACAGCUUCUGAUAAAGGGUUAAUCAUAACAACACCUGAUUCCUGGUUUGUCAAGAUUGUUUCUACCCUUUUUCUAUGCUCUAACUCUUUGGAUGAUAGGUUUUUGGGUUAUUUUCGUGAGCACUUAACUCCUUCUCAUGUUUUGGAGGUUGUUAAAAGGUUUAACAAUCCCAACCUGGGUUUCAAGUUCUUUCGGUUCACUAGGGAGAGGUUGAGUAUGUCUCACUCAUUUUGGACUUAUAAUAUGCUUUUGAGGUCCCUUUGUCAAGCAGGUUUACACAAUUCAGCAAAACUUCUAUAUGAUUCUAUGAGGUCUGAUGGGCAAUUGCCUGAUUCUAGGCUUUUGGGAUUUUUGGUUUCUUCUUUUGCACUGGCUGACAGGUUUGAUGUUUCAAAGGAAUUGCUUGCUGAAGCUCAGUGCAGUGGGGUUCAAGUAGAUGUGAUUGUUUAUAAUAACUUUUUGAACAUAUUGAUAAAACAUAAUAGAUUAGAUGAUGCCAUUUGUCUAUUUAGGGAGCUUAUGAGAUCACAUUCUUGUCUAGAUGCCUUCACCUUCAACAUUUUAAUCCGGGGUUUGUGCACGGCUGGAGACGUUGAUGAAGCUUUUGAGCUUCUCGGUGACAUGGGAAGUUUUGGUUGUUCCCCUGACAUAGUUACGUAUAACAUUCUAUUACAUGGUUUAUGUAGAAUUGACCAGGUUGAUAGAGCACGGGAUUUACUGGAAGAAGUUUGUUUGAAAUGUGAGUUUGCCCCUAAUGUUGUGAGCUAUACGACGGUGAUAUCGGGUUAUUGCAGAUUGAGUAAGAUGGAUGAGGCCUCUUCUCUUUUUUAUGAAAUGGUUAGAUCCGGAACCAAGCCUAAUGUGUUUACCUUUAGUGCCCUUGUUGAUGGUUUUGUUAAGGCAGGUGACAUGGCUUCUGCACUAGGAAUGCACAAGAAGAUACUCUUUCAUGGUUGUGCUCCCAAUGUCAUUACUUUAACUUCAUUAAUUAAUGGCUAUUGCCGAGCUGGAUGGGUGAACCAUGGCUUGGACCUAUGGCGUGAAAUGAAUGCGAGGAAUAUUCCUGCAAAUUUGUAUACCUACUCUGUUCUUAUCAGUGCUCUAUGCAAGAGCAAUAGACUGCAAGAAGCUCGCAACCUUUUGAGAAUAUUGAAGCAGAGUGACAUUGUUCCGCUGGCUUUUGUCUACAAUCCUGUAAUUGAUGGAUACUGUAAAUCUGGGAACAUUGAUGAGGCUAAUGCAAUUGUAGCAGAAAUGGAGGAGAAGUGCAAGCCUGAUAAGUUGACAUUUACCAUUCUCAUUAUUGGGCAUUGUAUGAAAGGAAGAACACCUGAAGCAAUUGGUAUCUUCUACAAGAUGUUGGCAUCUGGUUGUACCCCAGAUGAUAUCACUAUUAGAACUUUAAGUUCCUGUCUUUUGAAGUCUGGGAUGCCUGGUGAGGCUGCACGCAUUAAGGAAACUCUAUUUGAGAACCAGGAAUCCAUUCUUAAAAAAUCUUAUCAUGAAAGUAUAAAUGCAGAUAAGAAAAUUCCUGUUCAUUAAAGUCUACUGCCAAAUCAGUGGUUAGUCUUAAACACUGCCUUCCACUGUUUUGCUUUGGGGAAUACAUUCAUCUGGCAAUGCGGUCUCUCCAAGGUUUUGCUGUUCCACUAAAGUUGAAUUUUUGUUUCUUAUGUUAAAUUGGGUAUACAAGAAGAUAUUGGUGUGACACCUAGCAAGGAUAAAAUGAGAGAAAAUUCCUGUUCAUGAUAAAAAAUCUUAUCAUGAAAGUAUAAAUGCAGAUAAGAAAAUUCCUGUUCAUUAAAGUCUACUGCCAAAUCAGUGGUUAGUCUUAAACGCUGCCUUCCACUGUUUUGCUUUGGGGAAUACAUUCAUCUGGUAAUGUGGUCUCUCCAAGGUUUUGCUGUUCCACUAAAGUUGAAUUUUUGUUUCUUAUGUUAAAUUGGGUAUACAAGAAGAUAUUGGUGUGACACCUAGCAAGGAUAAAAUGAGAGAAAAUUGACUUAGGUAAUUUAGAUGCAUACAAAUAAUUUCACUAGAGACAUUGGUUAGAAGGGUAGAUCGCAUGAUUUUUAGGCUUGUGAAAAGGAGCAGAGGGAGAUCAAGGACACUGGAGGAAAUUAUUGAAAGAGAUCUCAUUGUAAAUAAUAUCCCUAAGCAUUUGGUUUUUAGCAGAGGUCAAUGACGUCAUGUAAUUUAUGUAUCCAACUGCACCUAAUGAGAUUAAGUUAUUAUUGACUUGUUUUAUGCUAAA